GUCUUGCAAAGACGAGUCACCACGCGCUUCAACACUAUCAAAUUUCACACGCAAUCGUAGACAUUUAAUCUUAAACGUCACAUUUUAUCCGCUAAAUAUUAUUUUAUACAUACAACAACCACAAGGAAAAUGCUCACUUUCGUGUUAGCAAAGAGUAAAGCGAUCAGAGUGAGCUCUCUUUAUUUCGACUACCAGCCUGACACUCACUCCCACAGGAGCAUGCUGGGAAUUGUAGUCUUACCAAAACAGUCAGCUAAACCCGCGAUAACCCACCAUUUUUUACGUAUUUCCAAUGCAUUGACAAUAGUAAGCAGCUAUCUAUUGUAAUAGUUCUGACUCUUUCUAUUUUCGUUCGGUGACCUGUGUUUUGCUGUACGCGAGGAAUCUCAUCCGUUCACGCGGGUGUUUGUCGUAAGUAAACCGAAAGAAACUCCAAAUCCCAGAAUGCACCUGUACCAGCUUUGACGCUGCACUGUUGUUCAUGGCGUCUGGUGGUGGAAGGCAAGGGGCUGCUCGCCUUCUGACACUCAGAUAGGCUGUCACAUUUUUUACGCUGCUUGUCACAAUGGAGGUGGCCCAGUCGCUCGGUGCGGACGAGCAGACGCGUUUGACCCAACUGCGGUUCGACGCCGCCGUCAAAGUCAUCAAGAGUUUGCCACCGAAUGGUUCUUUUCAGCCGUCCAACGACAUGAUGCUCAAGUUUUACAGUUACUACAAGCAAGCCACUGUUGGCAAGUGCAACAUCGCCCGGCCGGGAUUCUGGGAUGCCGUCGGCAAAGCUAAAUGGAAUGCAUGGAACUCUCUGGGUGAAAUGACAAAAGAAGAAGCGAUGGCGGCCUACGUUGACGAAAUGAAGCUGAUUCUGGAGGGCAUGCCCAUGACGGGCGAGGUGGAGGAGCUCCUGCGGAUCCUCGGACCCUUUUACGAACUGGUGGACGAGAAGAAAAAAAUCACGCAGAUAUCAGACCUCAGCACAGCCCGUUUGACGCAGUUUGCUAGGCAGCUGGAAGGCUUCGGCUCGACUCCGAGCGUCGUGUUGUCGAGGAGCGUGGCCAAGAGCGUCGUCAGGACCAUGGAAAUGAACGGAACGCUGGAGACCCGGCCCGCCGAGCCCACGCCCGACGACCGCAAGGAAACGUCCGGCAAAGACUCGCAGGAAGAAGACGAGGAGGAGGUCAAGAAAGCCUCGCAGCCAAAGAAGAAAGCGUCGCCGAGGUCGCGCACGGCUCAGAACGAAAAGGUGGCCAACAACGUGGCGCGUUUGACCAACGGCGAACACUCGCUCGUCCCUCAGGACGCGCCGGGCGCUCAGCUUCUGCUCAACGGCCACCACGACGACGGCAGCAAGGAUGUGACGGGCCCCGCCCAGCUCGCCAGCGACUCGGACAGCGAAGUCUAUUGUGACUCGGUCGACCAGUUUGGCCAGAACGAGAGCCCAGAGCAGAACCGCUCUAUGCAGGACCUGGACGAGGAAGACGAGGAGCCUGUGGACUGCGAGGAAGUCCGGGGAGCGCCGCAGGGCAUCAGGUGCGGCGGCGAGGACGGAGACGCCGGCGGGAGCGUGACGCAGAGGUCCAGACUCGACGUGGACAUGUCAAACUCCUCCGUCGGAGGCGGCAGAGGCUCCAGGUCCCACGGCCGUGGCCCCGGCGCGCUGAAGCCAGCACGCGGCGGUGGCGACGACGACGACGACGGCGGCGGCGGCGGCGAGCGGCGUUGCGGAGCGGGCACGCCCGUGGGCAGCCUGAACGAGCAUAUCGUGGCGGCGCUGGCUCAGCUGCAGGACGACAUGCGCAGCGUCCUGGACAGGCUCCACACGCUGGAGGCCCUUACUGCCACGCAGGCCAGGUCAGCUGCCGUGUCUCCUGUUCAGCCGUCCACGCUGCUCAAUAACAACGGUCAGAGACCAUCGUGGUGGCCUUUCGACAUUUCUCCCAGCAGUCUGGCCUUUGCCGUCGUGUGGCCAUUUGUGGUGCACUGGCUCAUCGGCCUCUACGUGCAGAGGAGGAGAAGACGACUGAACUGAAACAAACGACGGCGGCCGUGAAGAAGAGUCCUGGCCGGCGACGAUUGGCGGGUUGACUAAACCGCUUUCCACAUUUGCUUUUGCACUAAAGAAGAAAAGAAGAAAGAAGUCUCGUGAGGAAAUGUGCGUACUAAAAGAAUGUGAUGCAAGGCCUUGUUUUUCAGACGGUUUCCAUAGCAACUAGGGCUUUUACCCUGCACAAAGCGGGCCCGAGGCUUCUUGAGCUUGACCUGAUUUUAACCUUUUACUUUUGUCGCCCCGAGCAAUGCUGCUAAAACAAACAAGAUGUUGUAACAACUUGGUAGUUUAGAAAGGAAGAUGCGUAAAUACUGUGUUGUGACAUUCUUUGUAAUUCUAACGUGAUAGGGUUGCAAAAGGGGGGAACAUUUCUUUUUCCAUUAAAAAUUCAAAUUUAUAGGAAUUAACUGGGAAUUGAGGGUCAUUUCAUGGGAAAGUAUGAAGUUAAACAUUUUUUCAUAGCAGAUUUCCAUUCAAAAUAAUACAAUUAAGCAUGAUAUUUUCAAAGAUGUAUUUGUAAGCGCUUGGGAAAACUUAUUUAUUUAUUUUUUGGGGACAGAUGUUCGGGACCAAACCCUGUGCAUCUUCUGCACUGUCAAUUUGAACUAAUGUCCUGUUUUUAAAGGAUGGAUGGAAAUAGAAACAGAUUCAUGAUUAAAAUAAUCAUUAGUUGCAGCCUUUGCCAUAUGUAAUAUUAUAUUCCUCAUCCCCUUGAACCAACACAGUGAAAAAUUAACAAAAGAAGAAGAAAAGUUUGCAACCCUAGACGUUACUAUUUAUUGCUUUUAGUAGCUAAACAAUCGUGCGGCAUUUCCGUUCAUCCUGGUGGUCUUCCCAUGAUAGAAGUGCCUCGACAUCAUUAGGUGCACACAUUGUAGCAAACGUACCAAACCAAUAUGAAUAAUACCAGUACAGGACAUCACUCAAACCAGUGAAAUCUCAUGUAGUUGCUCUGCUAUCAGAAAUGAUCCCCCCCCCCCCAAUGACUGUGCGAGCUAAUUAAUAUCAUAGUGACAUCUCUACAAACUAUACAAUUAGCAGGUUCAAAUGCAAUAUUUUAAUUGCAUCAUCAUGUAUAAUAAAAAUUAUAUUUACCAAGAUUUACAUUGGUGAAAAACACUGAUCAGUCCAACAGCCAUUUGUUUUAUUAAAAAUAUAUAAUAUAAAGUGAUAGUUUCUACUGAAAUGUAUGACUGGCUGUUUGUUUCCAUGUCGUAAUCGAAGCCUCAAAUAAAAGUUUCAUAACACA